AUGACCGGUGAUACCGAGAAGGAGCAAGAACCUAGUUCCGGGGAACAACAACUAAAUGUCUUGAAACGAAUUCAUGAAAUUCUCACGAAACAUUCAUCAACACAAACUGAAUUUAUACCACUCCUUUACCAUUCUUUGAAACAAAUUAGUAAGCAUCCAAAUAACAGUUCAAAUUCGCUGGAUGCGGCUACUUCGAGUAUAAGGCAUCGUUUGAAAACAGCAAAGACUCUACUUCAGCAAGACCCUGCAGCCAUUGAGCUAGUCUCAAAGACUCCCGAACAAUGGCAACUGCAUAUACAGGAAAAGAAGAUUGAACUUGAAAAAAAGACAAAACACCUACAACGACUGCGAGAAAGUAUUCAGAAACAAUGA